CUUUAUUGGAUGUGCGGGUCAAUGUUUGCGCGUUUGAAUAGCAAGCGCGCAACGACAUAUAUUGAUCAAUAAUGCUGGAGUCCAAGGCCGUCAAUUGGAGAGGUGUAGUCAUUCGGUAUUGCGUUCUUUUUUUCUUUUUCUUUUUUUUCUUUAUCGUCAAGAACGAACGUGUAUAUCAGAUUGACCUCUUCGGAGCAAAAUUACCAAAGACUCAACGGUUCAAACGCCUUUUUUUCUUUUUUUCUUUUUUUUUUUUCGGUCAUUGGUAUCAAUACAAAUGUGAUGGUAAGAGGAGGAUCAGACGAGUGUGUAUGGUUCUUUGGUAUUUUUUAAUAGCGAUAAUAAUACAAUGCUGAUCGGGUUUGAGCUGCUAGACUCUAUAGAUUACUUGGUAUGGGGGAUAUAUGUACAACCUUUUGCUAGGUAAAAAAAAAAAGUG